CGCAUUGAACAGUAGGGUACUGUGCCCCUCAAACAUGGCCGUGCUGCUGCGGCCAAGAUGCUGAGAUUUUCCGUGGGAAGGGAGGAUUGCGGGCAGCCAUGGCGAGGCUGGCGGACUACUUCAUAGUGGUGGGAUACGACCACGAGAAGACAGGAUCUGGCGAGGGUUACGGUAAAAUCAUCCAGCGCUUCCCGCUGACGGACUGGAGCGACACGCCGUUCCCACAAGGAGUAGAACUGUUUUGUCAGCCGGCGGGAUGGCAGCUUUCACGAGAGCGGAAACAACCCACAUUCUUCGUUGUCGUCUUAACGGACAUCGACUCGGACCGCCAUUAUUGCUCUUGUCUGACGUUCUACGAGGCGGAGAUCAACCUGCAGGGCACAAAGCGCGAUCACAUCGAUGGCGACGACGAGGAUUCCGGUUUAAUUCAACCUGCACAAGUGUUUGCUCCAAAGAGUUUGGUGCUGGUGUCCAGAUUAGACUAUCCAGAGAUCUUCAGGGCCUGCCUCGGCCUAAUCUAUUCGGUCUAUGUGGACAGUCUGAACGUGUCCCUGGAGAACCUGGUGGCAAACCUGGUGACCUGUAUCAUCCCAUCAGCCGGAGGCUCGCAGAAACUGUUCUCUCUGGGAGCCGGGGAUCGGCAGCUGGUUCAGACGCCUCUGUGCGACAGCCUGCCAGUGACGGGCACCAGCGUGGCACUGCUCUUCCAGCAACUAGGAAUCCAGAACGUUCUCAGCCUCCUCUGCGCGGUGCUGACCGAAAACAAAGUCCUGUUUCAUUCCUCCAGUUUCCAGCGACUCAGCGACGCCUGCCGAGCGCUCGAGGCUCUAAUGUACCCCUUAAAGUAUAGCUACCCCUACAUCCCCAUCCUCCCAGCGCAGCUCCUCGAGGUCCUCAGCUCCCCCACUCCAUUUAUUAUCGGGGUUCAUUCUGUCUUCUGCUCUGAGCUCCAUGAUCUGCUGGAUGUGAUCAUCGCCGACCUGGACGGAGGGUCCAUAAAGAUUCCCGAAUGUAUUCACCUGUCGCAGCUGCCGGAACCUCUGCUCCACCAGACGCAGACCGCCCUGUCACUGGUUCUUCAUCCGGAUCUUGAAGUGGCAGAUUUCGCCUUCCCGCCACUGCGCACCUCUUUGUCCCACAUUAAAAUGCUGGAUAAAGAAGUGCGCGCCGUCUUCCUCAGAUUGUUCGCCCAGAUAUUUCAGGGAUACCGCUCCUGCCUUCAGCUCAUCCGGAUACACGCCGAGCCGGUCAUACACUUCCACAAGGCCGCCUUCCUGGGACAGCGUGGGUUAAUAGAGAACGAUUUCCUCACUAAAGUGCUGAACGGGAUGGCGUUUGCUGGCUUUGUCUCGGAGCGAGGUCCUCCGUACCGAGCCUGCGAUCUGUUCGAUGAGCUCGUUUCCUUUGAAGUGGAAAGAAUUAAGGAAGAAGAAAACGGCGACGCUCAGGAGACGCUCAGAUGGGUGAAGGAGCUAGCGGAGCCACUCUUCAAAAACGAAAACCCCAACCCCCACAUGGCGUUCCAGAAGGUCCCAAAGCCCACGGAGGGAUCCCACCUGCGCGUCCACAUUCUGCCCUUCCCCAAAAUCAACGACCUCAAAGUCCAGGAGCUCAUACAAGAGGGAGUCCAUAAAAACCAGAACUCCACACUGGCGGCGCGGCUUGAGAAGAAGUGCAUCGUUCCUGCAGGUUCUCCUGUCGUUUCCAUAGUGGACAAGUCCAGCACUGUAUUCAACAGCGCCCGAAGGCUGGAAGUUGUGCGAAACUGCAUCUCAUAUGUAUUUGAGAACAAAAUACUGGAAACCGAAAAGACGCUGCCGGCCGCACUCCGCGCUCUGAAGGGGAAAGCUGCGAGACAGUGUCUGGCGGAGGAGCUCGGCCACCACGUGAAGGAGAACAGAACCAUCCUCAACCAUCAGCAGUUCGAUUACAUCAUCCGAAUGAUGAACUGCACACUACAGGACUGCUCCAGCUUGGAGGAAUAUCACAUCGCGGCGCAGCUUCUGCCUCUGGCCACCGCCUUCUGUAGGAAAUUGUCCGCAGGUGUCAGCCAGUUUGCGUACACCUGUAUCCAGGACCACACCAUAUGGGCCAACCAGCAGUUCUGGGAGACCACGUUCUACGAUGACGUCCAGAGCCAAGUGCGGUCUCUGUACCUGAACGCAAAGGACGGAAACCAUGGAACGGCGUCGGCGCCAAAGGAGAACGGUGUGGACAUCUUGGGGCAGGAGAACACGGUCAUGGACCUGGCAGCAGAGCAGCUACGUCUGUGGCCUGCACUCAGCAAGCAGCAGCAGCAGGAGCUGGUCCAGAGCGAGGAGAGCACGGUGUUCAGCCAAGCCAUACACUUUUCCAAUCUCAUGGUCUAUCUCCUUGUACCGCUGGACACCAGCAAGAACAAACUACUGCGGACAUCAGCCGCCGGCGACUGGGAGAGCGGGAGCAACAGCAUUGUCACCAAUAGCAUUGCUGGCAGUGUAGCGGAGAGCUAUGACACAGAGAGUGGUUUCGAGGACUCUGAGAAUGAUAUCGCCAAUUCCGUGGUCCGGUUCAUCACGCGGUUUAUUGACAAGGUCUGCACGGAGAGCGGAGUGACCCAGGAGCACAUCAAGAGCCUGCACUGCAUGAUCCCAGGUAUUGUCGCCAUGCACAUUGAAGCGCUGGAGGCCGUGCAUCGGGAGAGUAGACGACUGCCUCCAAUCAAGAAGCCGAAAAUCCUGAGGCCAGCCUUACUGCCGGGCGAGGAGUUCGUGUGCGAAGCGUUACGAGUCUUACUGGACCCAGACGGAAGGGAGGAAGCCACCGGCGGAGUUCUCGGAGGACCCCAUAUCCUGCCUGCAGAGGGCGCCCUGUUUCUAACGACAUAUCGAAUCAUUUUCAAAGGCUCGCCUCAUGACCCCCUAGUCGGGGAGCAGAACGUCAUCCGCAGCGUUCCCAUCUCUUCCAUCACCAAGGAGAAGAAGAUCAGCGUCCAGAACCAUCUGCAGCAGAACAUGCAGGAGGGGCUGCAGAUCCGCUCCGCCACGUUGCAGUUGAUCAGGGUGGCCUUCGAUGAAGAGGUCAGCCCUGAGAUGGUCGAUCUCUUUAAGAAGCAGCUGAUGAAGUUCCGCUAUCCGGUGUCCAUCUUCAGCACUUUCGCCUUUGCAGCGGGGCAGGCGGCUCCUCCCAUCAUCUUACCAAAGCAAAAGGAAAAAAACACCUCCUUCAGGACUCUCUCCAAAACCAUUGUCAAAGGGGCGAAACGGGCAGGAAAAAUGACCAUUGGGCGCCCGUACGUGGCCAAAAAGAAAACUGGAACAAUAUUAGAGGAACGGGGGAGCCGAAACGAGGACGAUGACAUCUCAGUUUCCGAUGAUAACGAGCUGCCGAGCGCAACGCUGAAAGCGACGGAGAAGUCAACGAUGGAGCAGCUGGUGGAGCGCGCCUGUUUCCGGGAUUACCAGCGCCUGGCACUGGGCACCAUCAGUAACAGCUCCACACGGCUGAAGUCGGAGCAUUUCCGCGUCACCGCCAUGAACAGGAUGCACUCCCUGUGCAGGAGUUACCCCGGGCUCCUGGUCGUGCCGCAGUCGGUUCAGGACAGCAGCUUGACGAGGGUCGCCCGAUGUUACCGCCACAACAGGCUGCCCGUCGUCUCCUGGAAAAACUCCAAAACAAACGCCAUUUUACUCCGCUCCGGGGGCUUCCACGGGAAAACCGUCGUUGGUCUCUUUAAAUCCCAGAAUACACACCCAGCCGCUCCAGCCUCUUCCCUCGAGUCGUCCAGCAGCAUCGAGCAGGAGAAGUACCUCCAGGCCCUGCUGAACGCCAUCUCUGUCCACUACAAGGGGAACGGCGGCGGCACCCUCACCGUACGGCCCACACUGGCCCUGUCACCAGGCAGCGCCAGAAAGAGCUCCAGAAUGAGCGGAGGGGUUAAGCAUGUUGUGCCAGGACACUUGGAUGGCAGUCCGUCCAAUAGCUUUACCCGCGGAGUUCUUGGGUACAGGGAUAAGCUGUUCUCCCAGGCACAUCUCACAGCUAAGGAGAGGAUACAGAAUACAGGUGUUUGGGCAAGUCUGCGCUCCAGCAAUCGCCUUAUCACCACCCAAACGCCACUGGUCGAUGUUGGCGCUCGUCUUGCAGGAAAAGACCACACUUCAUCUUACACGGACCAUACCACCCUGCAAAACCAGCUGUUAAAGCGCCAGGCUGCCCUGUAUAUCUUUGGAGAGAAAUCUCAGUUAAGGGGCUUUAAGUUGGACUUUGCUCUGAACUGUGAAUUCGUGCCCGUUGAGUUUGGUGACAACCGACAAGUAAAAGCGAGUUUCAAGAAGUUAAUGAGAGCGUGCGUGCCCAGCUGCGUGCCCGGAGACUCCGACGCCACUUUCUUCAAGUCAUUGGGAGACUCAGAGUGGUUCCUGCAGAUUCACAGAAUAAUCCAGUUGUCGGUCAUCGUGUCUGAGCUCCUGGAGAGUGGCUCGUCUGUGAUGAUCAGUCUGGAGGACGGAUGGGAUAUCACCACCCAGAUCAUCUCUCUGGUACAGCUCCUCGGAGACCCCUUUUACCGCACUCUGGACGGGUUCCGGAUGCUGAUCGAGAAGGAGUGGCUCUCCUUUGGCCAUAAGUUCAGCCAGCGCAGCAGCCUCUCGCUCGGCAGUCAAGGCAGCGGGUUUGUGCCGAUCUUUCUGCAAUUCCUCGACUGCGUCCAUCAGAUACACAAUCAGUAUCCCACGGAGUUUGAGUUUAACCGCUACUAUCUGAAGUUCUUGGCGUUUCAUCACGUCUCCAAUCGCUUCAAGACCUUCCUGCUGGACUCGGACUACGAGCGGCUGGAGCACGGAACGCUGUUUGAAGAUAAAGGAGACAAGCACUCGAGGAGGGGGAUCUGCAUCUGGGAGUACAUAGAGCGGACGCACAGAAAAAGCCCCGUCUUCUUCAACUAUCUCUAUGCUCCAAGUGAAAUGGAGCCAUUAAAGCCUAGUGCCAACAUCUCCACCUUGAGGAAGUGGGAGUAUUACACCGAGGAGACCUUGGCCUCGGGCCCUUCUUAUGACUGGACGACCAUCCCGUCUCGACUGCACCUGAGCGAGGAGGAGACGUCUCCGCAGGGGAAGAGGAAAGCCGUCUGGCCGUGUUAUGACGAUGUGGCAAAGGUCCAGCCGGACGCCAUCACGCACCUUAUGAAUGAAAUCGAGCGGCUGGAGAGCGCGCUAAAUCAGAGCUCCGAGCGGUGGCAGCUCCUGUGGGAGAAGGCGAAGGUGAAACUGAAGGAGGACCUGAAGAAGGAGACCAGGAGCCCGGCCAGCCUGAUGUCCGCCAACCUGCAGUCGUAUCAGAAGACCUCCAUGGUGCACCUACCUGACAGCGGCCUAGGAGACGACCAGAACGCCACAUCCUCCCCCUCCAACGGGGUGGAGCGGAGAUCGGCAACACUAUACAAUCACUUUACCUCCAAGAAUGAAGAGAACAGGUCCUUUGAAGGCAUCUUGUAUAAGAGAGGGGCGCUGCUGAAGGGUUGGAAGCCGCGAUGGUUUGUACUGGACGUCACCAAGCAUCAGCUCCGAUACUACGACUCCGGGGAAGACGCCAGCUGUAAGGGGCACAUAGACCUAGCAGACGUGGAGACGGUGGUGCCUGCCGUGCCAACCAUAGGACUGCCAAAGCAUGCCAGUGACAGGGCAUUUUUUGAUGUAAAAACCAGCAAGCGGGUGUACAACUUCUGCGCUCAGGACGCGCACAGCGCUCAGCAGUGGAUGGACAAGAUCCAGAGUUGCAUAUCUGACGCCUAGAGGGCCCACGUCGGGAGCAGCCGGGGCCCGUCUCACACAUCGUCAUCCUUCUAGUCAGUUGACGUCUGCAGCGCCGUGAUAGCGCCACAUGUUAUGGCACUUGGCGACGCUAAAGGAGAAGACGAAGUUUUAGGAAUCUUAAGCUUUUUUUUUUUUUGACGACCAAUUAAUUUUUAUGCAGCUAAACCGAAACAUUCCCAAGUAUGUUUACUACAGGGGAGGCGGGACUUAUAGCGGUGUUAAGGGGCGGAGCAAGCGGUAAGUCUGAGCUAUUCAGGCCGAGCAGUUUACAGAUCCCUGUACAGUUUUUGUCUUUUCCCUCUCUUGAUGACAUUUGCAGUAUUUAGCCUCUUGUGUGAUUUCUACAGUGCGGUGCUUUUUAUUCUCCUAUUAGAUGGUUGUCGCAGUAGCGCCCUGUGACGCACCCACCACUACGAUGAGGGCGGAGCCCAGGUUAUCACCUGCAGUGGGCGGGGCUAGCCCUCCCUAUUGUACAUAGAUAGAAAUGCACUAUACACCGUAUGCAAAGCACAUGCACUUAAAGCUACAUGAAGGAGCGUUCGGACCCGCCAUGUACAUAGUAUUGUGAGAUGCUGUCACUGGACACCCUACCUGCAUUCCUCCGGAGAUGAAACAAGGUUUCCACCACCUUUUUUGUCUUCCUGUGUUUAGGGGUCACCCCCCCCCCUUCCCCCCAAAAUCCUCUCUGACCACUCUUGACUGGAGUCCCUGGGUUCAAACUGUUAAUAUGUUUCUUCUAUUCCAAGGUUUGUACUGUAUAUAAAUCAUUUUUGUAUCUUCUUACGUCUCUGGUUUAGUGUAAAUUUACCUUCUUCCUGAAGAAACAGCCAUAAAUGUCUCACCUCGCCGUUGUGGGGUUACCACGAACCGAGCCACUUACCCACUCCCUCUAAAAUACAAAAAAAAGAACCCCAUGAGUGGCGGUCACCCCUCAGAGAGUCUCUUCAUCCCUGUGUGCUGAGGGGCAGAAGGAGGCCUGGGGGAUUCUGGGAUGGUUUUUGCAUUUUAGGGGAAGUGUUUUUGCAUUAGUUUCCGCCCCCAUGAAUUGGUCUUGUCUUCACCGCACAGUGCCAAAAUUAUCGAUAUCAAGAAACUUGAAAGCCCCCUGCUCAGUAGGAGAAAUGUGUCUGUAGUCGGUUCUCCCCCACACAUGCAAACUUUUUGUAUCACUGUUUUUAAUGGUCACACGUGAGACUGACACUUUGCACACUUGUUACUUUGUAUAUGAUUUUUUUCUUUUUUUUAUGUACUUUGUAAGAUAAAGGUCUCCCGCUCCAUCCGACUCCACGUCUAGAAAGAAACAAAUGUAAAACUUUAUUUUUUAACUUGUUUUAACACUUUUUGUGUGUUUGUUAUGCCGUGUGCGUCGGACAUCUUGUAAUAACUGCCUGGUUGAGGACUGUAAAUAAAUCUUAUAUGCCGUA